AUGGAAGAGGAAGAGGAACAACCUUUUAUUACCAUACUUAAGAAACCCAAGCUUACUGAGGAAGUUCCCUUUCGUGACACUUUUGGUACUUUUGUGCAGACCCCUAUUACUCCUUCACCUAUUUCUUUUGAGAUAGCUACUUCUGCUUCUCAGGUGGCUAUUACCACUUCGACCUCCUCUCAACCUCUUUCCCUGGCCUUACCUCCUUUGGCUUCUAGACCCCAAGCUAGAAGAACACCUUGUAGGAGAUUUUCUCCGAGUCCAGGACUAUCAGCUAUCCAUGCUUCAACAACUGAAUCAACUUUUAUUGCUUUGCCACCUUCCAUCCCCUCUAGUUCUUCCUCUAUUAUUCCCAUUUCUACCACUUCUUCUCUCUCUCUUCCUUCUUCUUCCACCCAGCCUUCCUCACCUUCUAUCCUCCCAUCUCUAUUUAGACAGGCUAUGAGUCUGCCUUCUCAACUGGGACAAGCUUCGGACCCUCCUAGUUACGGUUUUCUGCAGUUACAAGGCCCGUUGGCUGAGUCUUGGCAGCAUAACCAAGAACUAUUAAGGGGCACGAGUAUUUCCAACCGCGUUGUCUUUCUUACCUCAAGUCUUCAUUUGGACCAACUAGUCAUUGCUUUGGAAAGGGACAAUAGCAGGUUAAAAGCUAAAGUAGAGGCACUGAAAGCUAGUCUUCCUCCUUCCCACAUUGAGCUUACUCAAUUACAAGAGAAGAUAACCUCACAGACUCAACAAAUAGAGGCUAUGAAAAAGGAAUUGCAGCAUCAGCACCAGUUAUUAAAGAACAAAGAGCUUGAAAGGAAAACCCUGGAGUUACAGGUGGAUAGGUUAAAUUCUAGCCUCCAGGUGGAAAUUGCUUUGAAAGACAAAGCCAUCUCAGAUAUUUCUCAUAAAAAUAUUGUCUUAGAGAAAGUGGAGAGGCUUUACAAUGUCUUUCUUUCUGAGCAGGCUCAAGAUUCAGCCUCAAGAGAUUUUGCUCUUCUACAAGAGCAAGAACAAAGAAAAGCUCAAGAUGCAGAGAUAUCUUCACUCCAAAAAUAA